AUGCCUAUUAAAGAAUCGAAUUCUAGUCUGGUCGAAAAGGAAGCAAACGCACUUAAAGCACAAAACCCCAAUCAACAUAACCAAGAACCAAAUAGUAAUGGUAAGAAUAUAGCAGGUAAGCUUGAUCCACAAAAGUUGUUUGAUUUGGUUUCCAAAAACUAUGAUACUUGGCUGCAGGUAAUGAGUAAGCAGUUUAAGGAUGAAGAAAAUUUUCUGCCGUUUCCUAAAGAUGAAUCGAUGGAUAAAAAUUCACAACCGAUUUUCAACUACACAUUGUUAGAGGCGCUCGAGAAGGCGUCUUCAGAUUUUUCAGAAAAAAUGAAUGAUAUAAAUAUAGAGAAUGGGAAGAAAGAGGUACCGAAAGUUGAACAAGAUAAAUACAAAUCACUACAAACAUCUCACGAGGUGGAAAAUUCAAAUGUGGAAAAACCUUCUUCAACCUCAUGUGAAGCUUUAUUAAAAGAGUCAGAGAUCAACUUUCUUCGGAACAAAAUAACGCAAAUGAUAGCAUCUAAUAAUUUCUCAAUAAAUAAUAACUACAAGGCCCCAAAGCGAGAAGGGUUCUCGCUCUAUGAUACGCGAGAUGAAGAAGGGUUACACGACGGCAAUACGGAUCAGUUUUAUGACGAUGAUCAGGAUGAUUAUGAUUUGGAGGAAGUGCAAGGUGACUUUCUGUAUGAUUAUCCGGGGCAACGUCAUAUAGAAGUGGAAUUGAAUACAGCACCUGAAUGUGAAACACAUGGGUUUGAAGAAUGUGAUUGUCCGAUAUUUCAUGCAGGUAGAGGAAGUGAAUAUACUAAUGGCUCAUACGGUUUUGAUGAAGAUGAAGAUGGCCCAUCUUGUGAGUUCACGUUCGAGUAUGAUCAUAAAGGAAAGUUAGUGCCCACAUAUAGUAACGUGGAAGAAAAAUUAAGAUUAAUGAACUUGGAGUCUAGAAUUUCAUCAAAUGCUAAUCGUAAGAACUUGCAAUUGCCUUCAAUUAAUGAAAUAAGUGCCGGCGUGUCUCAUAAUACAAAUAAUUCAUCAUCAAAAAGUAAAAAAAAGAAUAAGAAGAAAAAACGAACCAAUUCUAAUACGACGAGUUCGAAGCAGUCAAAAACAACUUCGGAUCAAUGCAACAACACAAAUGUACAUAGCAAUCCAGUAUUUGGUUCUUGUUGCUUAUUUUGCGAGUAUGAAGUAAUCUAUGGCGCAAAGCCUCGCCAGAUGAUAAAAUGGUACGACCAGAGAGUCCAGAAAGAAGAGCAGAGAAGGCUAGAAAUAAAAACAAAGCUUGAAAAUGCCAAACUGAGAGCAUUAAGGAAGCAAAGAGAGUUAAGGCAAAAGCAAUUACAGCAAAAUAGCUUAGAACAUCCACCUUCACAUACAAAAGCAGAAGAUACUAAAAUACCAAACAGCCCCAAAGAUGAAGUUCGACUCGAUAGCUUGGAAGUUAACAAUGACCUCAAAUAG